AUGUAUUCAGAGAAUAUUGAAUAUAAGGCUUUGGUAUCAACUAUCAGUAAUAAUAUCGGACGACUCAAUCAGUAUGUGCAACAGUUGGAAAUACUAGAUCGAAAGAUUGGUGGUACCAAGUAUGACGAACGUUUACAUGAUCAGCUGGCAGAAGUGACUUCGUCAGCUAACAUAUUGAGCAAAGAAACUAAUAUAUUGAUGAAAAGCUUUUUAGAAUUGUCAAAUAACCAAAAAUAUGCAUCAUCAAUGGAGCCGCAUCGUGAACGACUUACAAAUGACUUGAUCGCUGUUUUGAAUCGGUUACAACUGUCGCAGCGGAGUGCAGCUGCAAAAGAAAAGGAGUCAAUGAAAGCAGUAGCUGCUCAGGAUCAGCAAGUUAGCCAUCAGAUGGAACAAGCAAAUGACGAUGAGGAACAAGAGCGACAAUUGCAAAUUCAACAUCAACAACAUCUUACUGAAAUUAGAGAACGAAGUGAAGCAAUGAGAAAGCUUGAUCACGAUAUCAGUGAUAUAACACAGAUAAUGAAAGACCUGGCGAGAAUUGUUCAUGAUCAAGGUGAAAUUGUAGAUAGCAUUGAAGCAAAUGUAGAACAUGCCUCUAUACAAGUACAACAGGGAGCUACAGCAGUUCGACAAGCAGUUGUAUAUCAACAAAAGGCUCGUCAAAAGAAGUUGAUCCUGUUUAUAUUUUUAUUUACUCUCUUUCUCAUACUUGUUCUUGUUAUAUAUUUUUUCACUACUUGA